CACUGCUCACUCCGCCUUCUUUCCUAAUGAGUUUCCUGCUUUUGUGGGACAGACAGAGAAGAGCUGCAAAAGAGUAGGAGGUAUGUGAUCGUCUAGAAAUUGCUUUGGAUUCAGAACCUGGAAAAAGGAGAUUCUACUUUCCCAUGCAAAACUCAUACAAUGGGAUCUUCUCGUUGUUUGGUACCUUCCCAUGUUUAGUAGUUUCCAACUUUUAUUUUCAAAAGAAAUCUUCAUUGUUUCCCUACAAGAAAACUCGAAAGGAGGAAGGGAGAGUUCUAACUGCUGUCCUAUUCUUGGGUCAGAACAGGAAGCAGCAGUGCACAUUUUUCCUUGUGAUGAAGAGAGAAGUUAAACCAUGACUGCUCCUACCCACCGAGACCUCUUUCUGAUGUCUGUCCCUUUAACUGCUCAUCUGUUCUCAACUACCUGCUACCACCAUCUAUACUACCAUGUGGUUAGAGACACGCUGGAAGAACAUCCGCCAAACCUUGCUGCUUCUUUUCACUGCUGCUCUUCUCAUUGGUGUCACCAUGCUGGCCAUUUCAUCUAAUAUCAACCCAGUAGGCUAUUUCUUUCUAGGGGUAGGGGGAGUGUGCCUGGUCGGCUAUUUGCUGAGUGUGUUUGUUGAGUGUUACCUGAGGAAUCAACACCGACAUGACGCAAAUGAAAUACCUCCAAACAGUCAAAGCCAAGCAGGGGUGAAUGCUGCCUAUGAAGCGCCCACCUAUGAGGAGGUGAUGACCAUGUCAUCUCCAGCAAUAUGGACAAUUACAUCCAACCCAGGCCCAGUGCCCUCGCCAUUGAGCGAGCCUCCUCCUUACAGCGUCGUUAUCGAAUCCUCUGGUCAACAAGAGAUUAUGGUCGAGGCUCUCCGGGUGUCAGUGCCACCAGACACGAGGCCCACCUCUGAGACAGACACAGGCUCCAGGAUACAGCUGCAGCUGGUGUUGCCCCCAAGACCACAGCGGUUUGUUUCAGACAUCCAUGAGGAGAGAGAUAUUGAAGACAGGUUUGAACCACUAGAACCACUCACUCCACCACCUGCUUAUGAGAGUGCCAUCAGUGAUGAGGUCUUUGAAGAUGUUUGCCAUCCCUCUGCAUUAUGAUUACUUUCACCUUCCAUGAAUACAGAACCAAACCCUUACCCUAAUACAGAAUGCUCUUAGAAAGAAGGUGAAAGGGCUGAGAUUUUUCAUGCCUGAAACUGUAAAAGUUUGUCUCACCAUUCUUUGAAACAGAGCUGAACUACAAACACAGCUUCUGAUGUCACUAGAAUCUUUUUGCACAAAAUAAAAAUCGAUGCAAUACCACAGUGCUUUGACUUCGCAGAUACAUAAAACCACCGUGAGGAAAGUUGUGUUAUAUACGGCAACAUUCUCAAACUGAAGAUACACCUUUAUGGGGGAAAAGAGCAAAUCAUGAGAACAGACAAGGUUAUCAAAGAACCUCUGAAGAAGGACUGUAAGAUGCAGCCAAAAGAAUCUGCCUGGGAAAAGGGAGGAAUAGAAACAGCACUAAGCACGUUCUGCCUGUGCAUUACAAACAGCAACAUUGCUGAGAGCUGUGCAGUCAUCAGCCACCCGGAAAUCCUUACAGAGAGACCAAGCCUGCACUUCCUGGAGUUGCUGUUUUGCGGCAACAAAAAUUUAUGGUUUGUGCUGUUUGUCGCUGCCCCUCUGCCACACCUGUGCCACAUCCUCAGCUGUGCUGCACUGGAGCAUGACUGAGGGGAGGGUGGCUGUCUGCAUCUGGAAGCUGGUACCACCCAAUAUGUGUCACUUAAGGUAAAAAAACUGAUGGCAAGCAUGGCAUCAUGAAAUUACUUCUGUUCUUCACAAGGUUCUCAUCCCACACAGCUGGUA